GCCGUCGCGGAGUUUUCGUCGUCGGCUCGACGCGUGUCCGACGAUCGACGACGACGACACCGCUGCUGCCGUCGCCCACAUCGUCACCGUCACCGCCACUCGACGUCAACAGCAGCACCGGCCGCCGUCGCAGCAGUUCGAUCGUCACGUGGUAGCGUGGUACACACCCUCCACCCGAGGCCGCCGGUCAUCUGCUGGUAAACACUAAACAAACGGGCACACCGCCGCCGCCGCCUUCCCCCGCGCCCAAGCACACGCACACUAUCACGCCAGCGCGCGCGCGCGCACAGACACACGCAACACGGAGACACGCACACACACAUACACGCAUACGUUCGUUCGCACUCGUACUUUGGUUUUUCGUCGUUCGCAUCGCUGUCCGUCAUCGCCGCCGUUUCGGGGGAAAAAAAAAUAACAGCAGCAGCAACUUACUCUCGCCGUAUCAUUCUCUCUCACUCCCUCUUCCUCAUCUACCGCCGUCUUCYACUCGCUCACCGUUUAUCUUCCGACGUCCGUCCAUCAUUCUGUCUCCGUCUGUCGCGGUCGGAACGUCUGUACACGGCUGUCGACUGUGCGUGUGCGCGUAACGCGUCUUCGAUUCCGCCGCGCCGAGUACGUCUCGUGCACGCACACCGGUGCAGGUUAUUCGCCUACACUCGCCUGGACCUGACGACCACAAACCGUCGCAGCAUCGAUACGAAUCACCGCCGCCACCGUACCGCGAUAUCAUCGUCGUCGCGUGUGUUAUCGUCUAUAUCGAUCUUCACGAUAUUGCCGCCGCCCGCCGAAGUGUAAUAAACACACGCGUGCCCGCCCGCUGUCCGUUCAUCCGUCGCAUCAGCAUCAGUAGACACGGUGCUACGUGUGCACCAUGUCCGACACGGAUUGGACGCUGCACGCGCUCAAGUCAAUGCCCGGUAGCCCGACCAACGUGCAAUGGGCCCCGGACCAGGACGUGACAGGAGUCAUCGCCAAACUCGAGGGCCGCGAGCUCGAGUACCUAAUCAGACAGAAGCGCAUCGUCAUAGGCCGGAAUAGUUCCAAGGGCCAAGUGGACGUCAACAUGGGCCACUCGAGCUUCAUAUCGCGGCGUCACUUGGACGUGCUGUACGAACACCCAAACUUCUAUCUGACGUGCCACGGCAAGAACGGCGUGUUCGUGGACGGCGUGUUCCAGCGGAAGGGCGCCCCGGCGCUACAGCUGCCCAGGAGGUGUUUAAUGCGAUUUCCUAGCACAACAAUUCGGCUAGUGUUUUAUUCUUUGAUAGAUGAAAUGGCACCACCCCCUGUACUACAACAGAAUACAUUUAUUCAAACUCAAAUUAGACCAAUUGCAACACCUUCAAGAAGUUAUGCAAGUCCAUUGAGUAUAAAUAUUCCUCCUCAAGUCAUCAAACAAGAACCUUCAUCUUAUUUAUCAAAGGAAAAUAGAUUUAUGAGCCCUUUCCCAUCUCCUACUGGCACUUUAAGUGCUGCUAAUUCAUGUCCAACUAGUCCUAGAGGAGGACACAAUCGACAUACACUUGGACCAGAUUUGCAAAUGGCAGCAUAUGCAGCUGCAGUAGCUCAUCCUGGUCAAAUAGGUGUAAUUUCUACUCCUACAUCAUCUGCUAUUUAUGUAGAAGAAAAUAAACACAUAAAUAAUAUGUCUAGUCAGAAUAGCCGAGACGAAGAAACUAGCCCAUUAGAUGCAACUGUUUUUGAUGUUAGCAUUGGUAGCGAACCAUAUGUUGGUGAUUUUUAUAGAAAUGGUACAUCAACAUCCACGGGACAAAAUUACAGUCCUCCUGAAACUGUGAUCCAGGAUAGAUCAACACCUGUUAAUAACAACAAUGGCAAUUCUAAUGCAAAAUCUAAAGAUGAAUCCAAGCCACCUUAUUCAUAUGCUCAACUCAUUGUACAAGCUGUUGCUUCAGCUUCUGAUCGUCAGCUUACUUUAAGUGGAAUUUAUUCCUAUAUUACCAAAAAUUACCCAUAUUAUCGAUUCGUAGAUAAAGGCUGGCAAAACUCUAUAAGACAUAACUUGUCUUUGAAUCGUUAUUUUAUAAAGGUUCCUCGUUCACAAGAAGAACCUGGAAAAGGAGCUUUUUGGAGAAUUGAUCCUUCAUCUGAACAAAAAUUAAUUGAGCAAGCUUUUCGUCGUAGACGUAUAAGAGGAGUGCCUAGUUUUAGGCUCCAUAAUUCGUUUGGAAUGUCCUCAAGAAGUGCUCCUCCAUCACCAAGUCACAUAACUGGCGGUGAAUUAUCAAUUGCAGAUUCAUUAUCUAGAGAAACUUCACCAUCACCUCCAGUUUCUUCUUCAGACCAACAACAAGAUGAAGUUUGUUUGGCAAAUUCUAUCUCAAACCAAAUUAAAUCACCAAAUAAAAUUUCUCAUACUAAUGGUGUUGGUGUGCUUCACUAUGUCUCAUCAACAGCUAACAAUGAAGCUUUAGAAAUGCAAAGUCCUCAGCAAUUGACUUUCUUAAAGUCACGACUAGUCUUGCCGGUGACAACCUAUAGUAAAUCUACAACUAGACAUAUUACAAUAGUUAACAAUGGACUUCCAACAUCUCAGUCAGGAAGCACAACUAAAACCAACUUAAAUUUUAUUGCCUUUCCUCCGCCAAUCAAGGAGUCUUUGUUGCCACAAGCUCCUGUUAUUGUGCAAGCUUUAGAUCAGACAUUUGAUGCUUCUAAACUGAAUCAUGCAUUAAAUAUUGAUAAAGCAGCUAACCAUCAUAAACAAGUAGAAAAUAAUGAACUACAUGAGGAUAUAUCUCAAAAUAACCCUACUCAAGGCAUAGAAAUAGAAUCUGGAGAAUUUGGAGUUCAAGAUAUUCAUGAAGAAAUUAUUGACGACACUCAAAAGACAACAGGAGAAAAUAUAGAACAGUCAUCUAAGAACUUCAAAUCUGAAGAAUCUUCUGAAAAUGGAAAUCAACAAGUUGUUGGUGAAGAAAUUGAAGAGGAAGAAGAGGUAGUUGAAGAUAACAAUUUUGAAGAAYCCAAAGAACCGGAUACUAAUUAUUCUGACAAUUUUCAAGAACCACAACCUAAGCGUGCCAAAUUAAAUUAUUAUCAACAAGAAAUAAAUGGCGUCCCUUAAAAGUAAAUUAUAUAUUAUUAAAAGUUUAAAC